CUCUUCAGGUUGAUCCAUGCCUUGAUGUUAUCUCAUGGAAGAGGAAGAUUAGGGUCUCAUGAUACUCUGAGAGAAAUUUUAUUGGUCAAGAAGGAGUAUGAGUGAUCCUCCAAAGCCCAUUGGCAGAGGUGGUAGAGCUCAGGCUCUACUUGCCCAAAUAGUGCCUAGAAGACCUGGACAGCAUCAAGAUGUACAGACCCAAGAAGCCCAGUCACCUGUGCAGGCUGCAGUGUCAGGACCAGCCCUUGGGUUACCAAGGGGAAGAGGUGCAUUGCUGGACAGAAUUCGGCAGAGUGCUGGUGACGCUGCCAUGGGAAAUGCUGCAGUAACACACACUGCACUAUCUGCAACUGCUACCACUGAACCUCAGGCAACACAAGGCAGAGGGAGAGCAUUUUUGAUGGAACAGUACAAGAAGAAGUCUGCUACUCCAGGCAGCACUGAUGCCAGCUUAGUAGGUGGCCCACCAUCACUAACCUCAUCAUCCCCAUCAGAGGUGGGGACUGGGACAGAAACAAGAAUAUCUGAUCUCAGCAUCACUGGACCUAUCAUACGCAGAGGCAAAGCUGGAACAAGUGUUCAUAUGGCAGCAAACUAUGUGCCUGUGACUGUCCAGGCUGACAAGGGUGUGUUUGAGUACACAGUUGCCUUCAACCCUCCAAUUGACUCAAGAGACUUGAGGUUCCGGAUGCUAGCUCAAAAAGUGGAUGUGAUUGGCCCUGUACGCAAUUUUGAUGGGGUUAAGCUGUAUCUUCCCAUCAGACUCCCUCAAAAGGAAACCCUGUGUACAGUGACACAUCCAGUGGAUGGCACCCCUGUGAACAUGACAAUCUCAUUUCUGUACCAAAAACGUUUGGGUGAUAGGGAAUGCAUUCAUCUUCUAAAUGUACAAUUCCGAAGGAUUAUGAACUGUUUGGGGAUGCUUCAAAUAAACCGCAAUCACUAUGACCCGCGAGGAUCUCAGCAUGUUCGGCAACACAAAUUGGAGGUGUGGCCUGGAUAUGUGACAGCUGUGAAUCAGUAUGAAGGAGGAAUCUUCCUCAAUUGUGAUGUCUCCCACCGAGUUCUUCGAACAGAGACAGUCUACACUGUGAUGGGUGACAUAUUCAACCAAGGAGGGUCACAAGAUGAUGUCCUGAAAAUCGUGAUGGGUUGUACUGUGUUGACACGCUACAACAACAAGACAUAUCGCAUUGAUGACAUUGAUUGGAGCCAAAACCCACUAAACACCUUCUCAACAUCACAGGGAGAAGUCACAUAUGUGGAUUACUACAAAAAGCACUAUAACAUUGAGACAUUGGAUCCAAAGCAGCCACUCCUCCUGAGCAGACAAAAACGAAGACGGAGAGAUGAAGAAGGGGAGACCCGCCUGAUCUGCCUCAUCCCCCAGUUGUGCUAUAUGACUGGCCUGACUGAUCAAAUGAGGAAAGAUUUCAAGAUCAUGAAAGACAUUUCAACUCACAUGCGAGUGACUCCUGAUCAGAGGCAGGCAAGCCUCAUGAGGUUCAUCAGAAAUGUGAACUCAACCCCAGAAGCAAAGAAGCUGUUGAGCGACUGGGGACUGGAACUAGCUGAGAAGAGUGUAGAACUUGAAGGACGUCAGUUUCCACCAGAGAAGAUCCUCUUCUCUGGUGGCCAGGCUCGCACUGCUUCAGUGGAAGCGGAUUGGACCAGAGACCUUUGCAGCACUGGUGUUCUCUCUCCUGUGAGCCUGAGAAAUUGGAUAGUGGUGUAUCCAAGGAAAUUUGAGGUGGUUGUUCGGGAAUUCUUGGGCAUGUAUAAGCGAUGUGCUCCACAACUUCGCAUUGAAGUUUAUGAUCCUCAGUUGCUGGCUCUCCCUCAAGACUCCAAUGAUGCAUAUGUGAAUACCAUCAAGUGCAAGAUUAAUGACUCUGUUCAACUCUUCUUGCUUGUGUUUGGUUCCCAACGAGAGGACCGUUACAACUGUGUUAAACAGAUGCUGACAUGCAACCAAACCUGUCCAUCUCAGGUUGUGGUGGCAAGGACAAUCUCAGAUCAGAAGAAGCUACGCUCUGUCACACAGAAGAUCAUGCUCCAAGUGAACUGCAAAUUGGGUGGAGAGCUCUGGGCUGUUGAGAUUCCUAUUGCAAAAUCACAUGUGAUGAUCUGUGGCAUCGACUCGUAUCAUGAUGCAGCUCGGAAGGGGAAGAGCAUAGGAGCCCUGGUGGCAUCCCUGAACAAGCAGGUGACUCGCUGGCAUUCCACAGCUUGUGAGCAGGAUCGUGGGCAAGAAUUGAUAGACCAGCUUCGCACUGGAUUCAUGAAUGCCCUUCUGGAAUACCGCAAGAUCAAUCAAGCCCUUCCAGACCGAGUCAUCAUUUACCGUGAUGGUGUCAGUGAUGGCCAAUUGGACCACUCAUAUCGGUAUGAAGUACCACAGAUCAUGAAGGCCUUCAGUACCUUUGAGAAUUACAAGCCAAGAUUGUCAUUUGUUAUCGUCCAGAAGAGAAUCAACACAAGGAUCUUUUGUGCCUUGGUGAGAAAGAUAUUUGAGCAUGUCCCUUUCUUUAAGGCUCUUCUUGUGGAUCUCCUUGCCUCUGAUAAAGCAUAUGUGAAUGCAGGAGUGAAGAAUGGAAAUUCUUUUGAGGAACGAUGGGAACCGGCUCCAUCCACGAGUGAUCUCCCCGGGACGGGACAGAACCCUGCGACGCAUCCGGCAUUCGCAUCUGCCGACGUGGAAUCCCCCGGGUUCCUUCCUUUGCCUCCAGAUGGCGAGCUCGGAACUCGCAACCGAUUCUAUAUCGUUAGAGAGGGUGGAGGAGAACACAUGCGGUUUGAGAACCCACCACCUGGCUCUGUCCUCGACCAUUCUGUCACAAGAUACGAUUGGUAUGACUUCUUCCUUGUCAGCCAACAUGUGCGACAAGGAACUGUCUCACCCACUCAUUACAUCGUUCUCCAUGAUGAGAGUGGGUUUGAUGCAGAUAAAAUGCAGCGACUGACAUACAAAAUGACCCAUCUAUACUACAAUUGGCCUGGAACCAUUCGAGUCCCUGCUCCUUGUCAGGCUCCAUCCUCCAGGCCAGGCUCCGUCUCGACGAGCGGCCCCGUUCUGUCGCAGAAGGCGUCUUACCCUCGGGCGACACCAACGCCCCCCGACGAACCUCCCAUCGACUGUCGUCUUCGUUACGUGCAGAAGAUGGCGCGACGAAAGGAAAUCCGACUCGAUCCUGUUGUCAUCGCGCCCUUCCCGUCUCGGCGAUGUGCUCGUGGCCCGUCGUUCCGAAUCGUCCCAAGGUGCCUUCGCCUUCCACUUCUCUUCGGGAAAUUUUCCCCCGUGGGGACUAUCCCCGAUUGUUCGUCGUACGACCCAGGUCAUCCUUGCUUACGAGUGGAUGAACCGAGGCAUGAGAAGCGGGAAAGGGCCACCGCAUCCCUUCGCAUCCCACCGCGGCAUCAUCGUGGCAGGGCUUUCGUAGCUCUCGCCUCGGUUAUCACCGGGGAACUUCUCGAGCAGGUACCGAUCACCGUUAUGAAGGACCAUGAACACAAAGGACUGCCCUACUGUCACCUUCCCUGCUACCAGGCCCUGUUUGGCCCUCAGCUCUUUGGUCAUGGCUCCAAAGUGGAAUCUCACUCCAGCUUUGGAAAAUCAACCCAGAUGCCUCCUUCAAGCAGGCUGAAGCUUGAGAGGAAACUUUCAGCUUAUAAUCGGCAUUAUGAGGGCAAAAGUGGAGAAUUGCGAUCUCGAGAGGUCAAUGGCCGUCUAGUUCUAGAAGGUGUGCUAAGGAUAUAUUGGGGUGUGACACGAAAUAUCUGUCUGAAAGGGGAAGAGGGAAUCCAAAUACCCAAGCCUCACCACCUACCUGUUCCCAAUUCUCAUUCACCUCCAGUUGUCCAAGAUAAAUGUGCUGUGGGGAAGGAUGGAGUUGAUGACCAUGCAAAGACUUUGCCUGCUGCAGUGACAUUGAAGGAAGGCACAGAGAAGCAGAGCAUUGCUUUUCAGUCUCUCCCUCAUGCGAUCUCAUUAUCUGGUGUUGAUGGUGUUUUGAAGAAUACAAACAAUGAGGAACAACUUCAUGGUGUGCAGACCAACCUGAAAUUUGUAGCCACUGUUGAUCAAAGCCCAGCAUCACAACCUCCAGCAAAAUGUUGUGAGACAUUGGAAGUCAUUGGGAAACGGAAUCGACACCUUCGUCGUCGUCCAGGCAAACGAAUGGACCGCAACAAAAUCAAGCGUCGCAGUUCCAUCAAUGGGCACUUUUAUGACCGAACGACAAGCGUUUUUGUACCUCCACAUGGGAGUGUGGCUCAUGUGUGGAUCACAUCUCUGGUGCCAGCAACUGAUGUUAUCAGUCUUCUCCUGGACAAGUACAAAGUGGAUGCAUCUCCCAAUGAGUUUGCCCUUUGUAUUGUCUGGGACAAUGGUGAGAGACAACUGGUGCAUGAUGAUGAAUAUCCACUUGCUCUGAGAGUGCUGAAAGGACCCCAAGAAGAUGUGUGCAAGUUCUUCCUCCUGAAUCGUUUUGAAGCAGAAGAUAUCCCACCUGAGGUGGCCCAGUAUCUUCCAUUUAGCCUCUCAGAGCUCUCCAUCUUCCUUGAAGGCUUCUAUGAUGAGGAAGAACUGGAAGUGGAACGAGUGAGGCUCAAGUUCCAUUACAUGCGGUACAUAAUGGAAUCUCGGAUUCACAAGUUGAGAAGUGCCAAGGAUCCACUUCCUCUUCCUGAUGCUAGCUGAUGUCACUUCAAGGAUCUACGUCCUAGUGAAUUUCCAAUCCCAGCAAAAGCUGCUCACAUAGUACAAAGACCCUUCCAUUUGUAUUGGUGAUUGGUGUAUAUUUGAAGAGUCAGUUUAUCAUGGGAAUCUCAUCACUCAGGUUGC